AUGGACUCAGAGUUCCUCAAACUUCACCUGGGACAGAGUUUGGCCGAGGGUCUGGCUGAAGUGGCUGAGCAGCGCCCUGAUGACCCCAUCCUGUAUCUGGCUCAUUGGCUUUACAAAUACAGGGCCAGUGUGAAAUAUGAGAAAGAGAAAAAGGCUGCAGCGGCUCAGAUGGAGAGAGAGUUGAUCAAAGCCGGAGCAGAAGCAUCAGAACAGAAAAAGCUGCAAGAGGAGGAGCGAAUGAUCAAAGAGGAAAUAGAGAAGUCUAAACAGUUAAAAGCAACCACUGAAGUGUCCAAAAUGCCCACACAUGACGCACAAAAAGAAAAGACUGGAGAAAAACUACAGGUGGAAGAUGACAGCUCAGCAGUUAUAAUCCCUGAGUCAAAAGACCAAACCGACCAAAACCAAGUCCAAUCUGAUGAUGGAAAAGACGCUGAAGAGGUGACUGCUACGGAAAACCGGCCUCUUUCAGCUCCAGAAGGGGGCAGCACAACUCCAGACUUAACCAUCAAAUCUCCAGAGACCCGAGUUCAACCUGAAGAUCAGACACAUGGGGAAAACAAAGAACAGACUAAAGAAAGUGAAGGAGUUGAUCCUGAGGGGAAUGACAAUACUGUGGGGACAACUGAAGAACAAAGCAUCCCAUCGAAGGAAAAUGUUGACCACGUGAAUAAGGCUGAGGAAGAGCAAAGUGAUGAAGAUGAGGAGGCCAAAGCAACUGAUCAUGAAUCUGCUGAAUAUUCAAUCGCUGAUUUAAAUCAACCUGACAAACAAGAAGAAAAUGAUCAAAUAUCUCCUGAUGAAGAAAACCCUGAUGAGCCCAAAACUAUUGAUCAAGACCCUGCUGAACUUUCAAAUACUGAUUUAGAGCAACCCAAGAUGGAAGAGGAAAGGGAGAAAACGCCUGAUGAGGAAUUACCUGAUACGGCCAAAACAACUGAUCAUGAACCAGAUGGUGAACAGUCAAAUACUGAAUUAAACCAACGUGACAACAAGCAAGAAGAACGUGACAAAAUUCCUGAUGAAGAAAUCCCAGACAAGGAAAUGACGAGCAAUGAUCUUGGAAAUAUCCAGGAAAGUGCUGAGGCAGAGGAAAAUCUUUCAGCUGAAGAUGAUACAACAAGUGGUCAAAUUGAAGUGGACCAAGAAAAGCAGGAAAUACGUGAGAAUGAGAGAGAUCCAGUGGCCAAUAAGGACAGCACUGAAAAUAUGGAACACAGUGUUAUUGACUCAGAAAAAGCAAGUGAGGAGGCCCCUAAAGUAGACUCUCCCUCGCACCAGGAAGACGAAAAUACAGAAGUUACUCCUCCUGAAGAAGAUGAGGACGAUAAUGAUGCACAAGACGCAGUGGACACCAGCCCAGAGAAUGAGGAAGAGACAGAGGCCACUGAAGAGAAAGAAGCAGAAGAGGAUGAGAACUGA